AUGUCCUACAAGAGAUCUCGUGCGACCUACGAGGCUGACCUUACUGCGCAACGAUCGCCGUACGUCGCGUUCGGAACGCCACUCCCGCCGCUCGACUCGGAAGCCCGUGACGAUGGCUCGUACGUGCCGCUAUGGAAGCAGGAGGUGAGGGAUGAGCGGGGGAGGAAGAGGCUUCACGGCGCCUAUUUCAACACUGUCGGCUCUAAAGAAGGAUGGACACCUUCAACCUUUGUCUCUUCUCGAACGAAUCGCCGCAAGGAUGACCCUAACGCGGCGCAGCGGCGCCCGGAGGACUACAUGGACGAGGAGGAUCUCGCCGAUGCCGAAGAAGCGAGGAAAAUCCAGACCCAAGCCGCGUUUUCCGGGCUGGGCUCGACCGCCGAUGAUGCUACGAGAAGGAAUGGUCUGAUGGAUCUUUUUCGCGCAGAAGGCGAUACAAUGGGCACGAGACUGCUCAAGAAGAUGGGCUGGAAAGAAGGACAGGGAAUUGGGCCCAAGGUCCGCAGGACGGCUCGCCUAGAACUCCGCAGCGACACCGGCGAUCCGGGGGAAACCUACCUUUUCGCGCCAGAAGAUGUCCCAAUGAUUAGCUUUGCGCGCAAGACCGACCACAGAGGGCUGGGAUACGAGGGAGAAACGAGCCGCAAGAAAGAGCGAGAGAAGAGCCGCGGAGGGAUAGGGGUUGGUAUACUGAAUGAUACCGGCUCCGACGACGAAGAUCCCUACGAGAUUGGUCCGCGAAUAUCGUACAACCGAGUAAUAGGAGGAGACAAGAAGAAGAAAAAGGCCAUAACCGCGAUCAACCCAGCGCUAAAGGCGAAACCGGCAUUCAUACCGUCCAAGAAGUCAGGCUUGGGGAAGAUUGCGCUUGGGGUCAGGAAGUGCCAUGAUGGGCGGUUACCCCUGGAUGGCUUCGUCUUUGGCAGGGAGCCCGACGCCCUGACGUCUGAAAUCAAUAGCGAAGGAAAAUAUCCUCCCCCAAAGAUCCCGGACGGCUGGGUCUCGGCGAAGCAAUCAAAGUCUCAGGCGGGCGCAACUGGCUAUGUCUCCACAGCAGAGGCCGCCAUGGCGUCCACGCUUGAUCCGAAGGCGCGCGCGGCGAUCCUUGGUGAAAAACCACUCCCCGGGAAAUCCGUUUUUGACUUCAUGUCUGCAGAAGCUCGGGAGCAUCUGGCGGCUGUGACCGGCAAGAAAGACCUCCCGCCCGCUCGGGGCGAGGUUCCGGCCGAGUAUGCGCUCAGCGAGGAGGACCGGUUGCAAGAGCUUCUCAGCCGCGUCCCACAGCUGGGGAAGGAGACGGCGGUUGCGGCCAUUUCCAGGGGCGCCAGCGGUAACGCGCCUUAUCGAGACGACGAGGCCAAGCGCGCGAGGUACAUUGCAUUCCUGGAGUACCAGGCCGGGUUCAAGCCGACUCCGGGGACGAAACCGCCCAAGAUGAACAACGAAGAGUGGCUGAGGGAGAUGCACGAAUUCUACAACUGCGCCAGGAUAUUCAGGCCCAUGACCGGUUUCAUGGCCAGCCGGUUUACGACUUCAACAAACCAGUCCAGCCCCGGCUCGGGCGGCGAGGCGGAAGAGCGAGAUUUGCUCUCGAAGCCACCAGCCAAACCCCAGGAUCCGUCCGAGGAGGCAGCCAAGCUUGGUAUGUUUGGGCCGAUGACGAGAUCCGUCACCGAGUUCUACCCCGCCCGGCUGCUAUGCAAACGCUUCAAUGUGAAGCCGCCAGAGCAUGUGCAAGCCAAUGAUCCCGGAGCGGCUUCGGCGGCUUCAGGAAAGGCAAAGUACGAUACUGCGACUCAGUUCAGUGCCACGCAAGCGUAUGGGUCAUCGGGACAAGAACCCAUGGCCCUGGAAUUUGGUUCGGUCCAUUCCUCCUCCGCCGGCACGACUAGAGAUGCUGGCUCGAACCUCGAAGACGAGGCUGCUGGCCGGCAACCUUCAGGCCCCGGAAAGGCUGUCAUCGAUACGAGCAGGAACGAGGCUCUAGAAGGGGAGAGGGCGGGCGAGGAUGUCUUCAGAGCCAUCUUUGGGGAUAGCGAUGACGAGGAUUGA